UGUUAAGGAUCUGGUGCAAACAGUUACCGAAAUACCCCAGCCCAAAUAUUCAGAUGAAGAAUUAAUCAAACUGGUAGAUUUCGUACAGCGCAUGACAAUGCUUUUUGCUUUGGAUCAUCGCGAUUGGUCGGAGACAACCCUCGAUGUGAUUAGACGUUGGAUAAUGGAAGUUAAUGAACCUUUACUUACCAUAUUUUACGAUGCCAAUAAACUAACUGCCUGCUUAGGCUUCCCCAUAGCGCCCGUGGCGGAUAUAAGCUACUUUAGUCGGGCGCCCAAUUGUAUUUUUACCGUAGAGGGAUUUCAUGAUGAAGUUAAUUUUGGCACCAUUCAUGAAGAUGUGGACUUUUGUUUGCUGAAAGUAUUGCAAUUUGUUUAUGCACCCAUCUUUAGUAACUAUAGCGAUUGGAAUGAGAAUGUAAAAUCGAGAUUUUGUAAGGCCAUGGAUAAGUUUUUGUCAUAUUUAACAAAUUUGAAUUCAAAAAUGGCUGGGAUGACUUUGUUGUACAUACCGUAUGUGGUGAAACAAAUGGAACGGGAAAAUGUGGCACAUGACAGGGAAUUUGUUAAGAAUAUGGAAUCUAUUGUGGUGUUUUGGACUACACAAAUUCGAACCUUGCUCAAUGAUAAGGUGUUGGUGGUGCCGCAUGAUUUGGUGGUCCUGCAAGAGGAGUAUGAAUUUUGGAUGUAUAGAUUCGAAGUUUUACAUGGCAUUGUAACCCAACUGGAGCAGUCAGAUGUUCAAAAUAUUAUUAAAGUAUUAAGAUCCUCCCAUUCAGUUUACAUUAAACAGAUUGAUGCUUUGAUUAGCGAAUGCCAUUUGGAGGUGGAGGAAGCCAAGUCAAAUAUAAAAUAUUUGCAUUUAUUGGUAGAGCCCUGUAACCAAAUCGAAAAGGCCAACAGUCCGGCUGAAGUGCCGGGGCUUUUGCCUCGCAUCAUUAAUUUUAUAAGAUAUAUAUGGCUUAAUUCUCCUUUUUAUAAUAGAAAAGAGUUGAUUACCAAUCUCUUUCGCAAUCUUAGCAAUCAAAUUAUACGUUUUUGUGUAUCACAAACUAAUGUGGAUGUUAUAUUACAAGGUAAUUCAAGAUUUGGCAUUAAAAUGUGCAACAUGUCCAUAGACUGCUGCCUUUCGUAUAAGGCUAUUUACGAACAUAUGUCGAAAAAUCUGCUGGUAACUACGCCUAAACAAGGCUGGGAUCUAGAUAAUGCCAUGAUCUUUAAUCAUGUUGAUGCUUUCAUUGAGAGAUUAAAUGAUCUUAUAGAUAUUUGUGAGUCUAUGAUUGUGUUUGCUCGUUUGGAUGAGGAUGAAGCUAUACCCAGACCCCGUUUUGGUGGCACUAAUGGAGUGGAGUUUGAGAAAACUGCGGAAUCAGUGGAAAACCAAUUUCUACAAUUGUUAACAAACUUGAAAAGUGACUCCAAGGAUUUAAUUUUAAAUGUUCACAAAAAUGUUUGGUAUGUAGAAGUUCUUAAGUAUCGUCGCACCAUACAAAGCUUGGAAGAAACUAUACAACGCCUAAUGUCCAAUGCUUUUCAAAGUGUUUGCAAUAUUGAAGAGGCCUUGGAGGUUUUAAAUGUCCUAUUAUUUUACUCCUAUCGCUCUACGAUACGUAAGACCUAUUUAAGUAUGGUGAGCAAGUUGUGGAAUAUGUUUGUAAGCGAAAUGAAUAACAGCUCGAAAAUGCUUAUGGAUCGUGUUAAAGUUCAUGAAUCUUGGUUAAACUAUUAUGCUUCACGAGCAGUGGCCUAUCGCAUUAGCACCGAACGUUUACAGUGGCUGAGAGAUCGUCUUAAGAAUUCCCAUUGGUUGCCAACGGUACCCGAAGCUGCGAGUGCUUUAGACAAGUUUGAGAGUGUUAAAAAAGACUUUCAACUUGCCUCGCGCAAAACAUUUGAAGACUGGAUAAAGAAUUGCAGCAGCACUAACUUGCUGGGAAGGCUGGAACGCACUCUUUUAAUUAGAAGUAAAUGUAAAAAAGGUUUAUUAGAAUGCAACAUAGAUCGUUCUGUCUUGAAUAUAUGCCAGCAGGCUCAACAUUUUGAAAAAUUGGGAUUUCAAAUUCCCGCAGCCAUACGUAAACUUUAUGAAAAAUAUAACACUUUGAAUUUUGUUUAUAAUAGUGUGGUCACUGUGUGCAUGGAUUAUAAUCGUAUACUGAACGCCUUAUCGGAAGACGAACGUAAACUUUUCCGAGCCUUGAUACAUUCCUGCGAUCGCAAAAUAGCCCCGGGUUUAUUUAAACUAACAUGGGGUGGUGAGUUAAGUGAUGCUUAUAUAGUGGACUGUGCCAAGCAUACUUCCAAGUUACAAACUUCCUUAGAUAUCUACAAGAGAGCUAAUUUAAAUAUUCGAAAGAUUUGUGAACAAAUUUGUGAUACAGCUCUUCUGAAGUUUACAUUGUCUGGAGCAGUAGAGUUGUCAGUGUUUGAAAUUAAUAUUUCGGCGUUUAAUCGUCGGGCCACCAAUCAGAUAUUGAGUUUAUAUGCCACCAUUAUAGAUCUGUUGUUUGCGGUAUUUAAGGAAUUUCAAAGUGUUAUCGAGGAGAUGGCCGCCGAAUGGUACGACUAUGUUAAACAAUUUGACAAUAUGUUAGCUGAAGCUCUUAUGAUUUGUGCCCGCAAUUCCCUGAAUAAUGUCUACUGUUCAUUGCGUUCCGAGGGUGAUAUCAAUCCCGCACCUUUAAUUAUCAUUAUGGCUGAUAUAGAAGAUCAGAAUAUAGCUCUUAAACCUGACAUGAAAACCAUAGAAAUGAUUAUGAUUAAUAUGUUUGGCCGUGUUUUGAAUAGUCUAAAUAGCGUCAAUCGUAUAGCCGAAAAACUGGAGCUGCCGGCAAAACUUAUUGGUCCCUCAUUUGCAGAGUUAAUGAAAUCCGAUAGCAUUGUAGCAGAGACCCAAGAUAAAAUCUGUCUUGAGCUGGAAUACAACAAAGAAGAAAUAGAUAGAUUUGUCUCAAGUUGGGAUAUUUUUACGGAUAUUUGGGCCAUGGACGAGCAGGAGUUCAUAAUGAAAAUUGAACAGACCGAACAAACGGCAGAUAUCUAUGAAGAUAGUAUUGAGUGUUAUAGUAGCCAAGCAGAGCUAGUAGCUACCAAGGAUGCCAUAGAGAAUGUAUACUUUUUAAUGAUAAAUCAAACUUCCUUAAAGAGUUCUAUACUGGAUUAUAUAGAAAAAUGGCAACUAUUGAAUAUCAAAUUGCUGACCAAGAGAGCUGGUUCAAGAAUUAAAAGUGUGUAUCGCUAUGUAAAACGUAACGAGAAACGCAUGGCAGUUGUGCCGCGUACCUUGAAAGAGGCUAGAGAAGCCACUUUGCUAUUUAAUCGCUUAACCCAAGAGGUCCCUGUUAAACAAGAUGAAUUUCCUGCAAUAUUUGAGUUGUUUAAGGUUUUGGAUAAAUACCAAAUUGAAAUUUCUGAUGCCAUCAAACUUUUAGUUUUAAAUCUGCAACCUACAUGGGAAAACUAUUUAAAGAAACUUGGUGAUGCUGGCGAUAUGCUGGAUAAUACAAAAGAGGAAUUUAAACAAAAUUUGCUUUUACAAGCCGAGAAAUUCCGCAAUGUUAUUAAGGAAUUCUUGGCUGACUUUAUGAUUAAAUUACCCACCUCAGCACAAACAAAUCCUAAAAUAGCCUUAAAGUAUUUAAGAAUUAUCGAUGCAAAAGUUGUGGAAUGUUUUAAGUUCGAACAAAGUUUAAUAAAUGAUUUGUCUACGUUCUAUAUCAAUCAACCGGAAAAUUUGGAUUUAAAAAAGCUAAGCAGUGAAGUUGAAAUUGUUAGGGGAAUCUGGUCUUUGAUUUUAGAAUGGCAAAAUGCCUGGAAUGAAUGGCGGGUGGGAAAUUUUUGGAAAAUUAAUAUUGAUAUAAUGGAAGAUACGGCUUUGUCUUUGUACAAAGAUUUCAGUGCUUUGAAUAAGAAAUAUUUUAAUCGUUCGUGGGAUAUGUUAAUUGUUACCACUAAGAAUUUGGACAGUUUUCGCAGAACUUUGCCACUCAUUACUGCCUUGAAAAAUCCUUGUAUGCGUAAGAGACACUGGGAUCGUGUGAGGAGUUUAAUGCAGGUUGAUUUUGAUGAGAAUUCCAAGAACUUCACCUUAGAACUAAUUAUAGACCUAGAUUUCCAGGCGUAUUCUGAGGAUAUACAAGAUAUCUCGAAUGCCGCCACCAUGGAAUUACAAAUCGAAACCGGUAUUAAGAAUAUAGCCGGCAUCUGGCGUAAACAACCCAUCGAAAUGGUCUUCUACAGAGAUGGCAUCUAUAAAAUCAAAAGUGUUGAUGAAUGUUCUCAACUAUUGGAGGAACAUAUGGUGCAAAUUUCCGCCAUGAAAUCCACCCGAUUUGUGGAACCAUUUGCUGUGGUAGUAGAUUAUUGGGAGAAAACUUUAUCCUAUAUCUCGGAAACUUUGGAAAAGGCUUUAAUGGUGCAACGCCAAUGGUUAUAUUUGGAGAAUAUUUUCGCUGGCGAAGACAUACGCAAGCAGUUGCCUAAUGAAGCUAAACGUUUUAACCUCAUAACCGAUGAAUUUAAGGCCAUAACAGAGAAAAUGUUUGCCGCCAAAACUGCUUUAAAGGCUACACAUUUUAAAAGGCCUCCUUUUCUGCUGAAUAGAUUUCAAAAAAUCGACGAAAGAUUGGAAACUAUACAAAGAGCUUUGGAAAUUUAUUUGGAAUCAAAACGGCAAUUGUUUCCUCGCUUUUAUUUUAUUUCAAAUGAUGAUCUUUUGGAAAUUUUGGGUAACAGCAAGAGACCGGAUUUGGUGCAGCUGCAUUUAAAGAAACUAUUUGAUAAUCUGGUGAAACUGGAGCUAAAAAGGGUGGGCAAAACUUUAAACAGAUGGCAAGCCAUGGGCAUGUAUGCCGAUGAUGGCGAAUAUGUGCAAUUCUUAAAUGUCAUUUACAUUGAUGGUCCUUCGGAGAAAUGGCUUAAAGUUUUGGAGGAUUAUAUGUUUGCCGUGCUCCGUGAACAGUUGAAACUAACCAGAAAUGCUUUAAAGAAACUAUCUGGCAAUCGCGAAAAAUGGUUAUCAAUGUGGCCAGGGCAAUUGGUUAAUACUACUUGUUUGAUACAGUGGACCACGGAGUGCACGCGCAGUUUAAUGCAUUGCAAAACUGUAAACCAAAAGAAGCCUUUAAGGAAAUUGAAAAGCAAACAAAGUAAAAUUUUGGGUAAACUUUCAGAAAUGAGCAGGAAAGAUCUAACAAAAAUCAUGCGUUUAAAAGUUAAUACCCUGAUAACGGUGGAGAUUCACGGACGAGAUGUUAUAGAACGCAUGUAUAAGAACAAUUGUAAAGAUGUGGGACAUUUCGAAUGGUUUUCCCAGUUAAGAUUCUAUUGGCAUCGAGAAACGGAAACCUGUGUGGUUAGACAAACGAAUACCGAACAUUGGUAUGGUUAUGAGUACAUAGGAAAUUCGGGUAGACUUGUUAUAACGCCCCUAACAGAUCGCUGUUAUAUAACCCUAACCACAGCAUUGCAUUUAUACCGAGGUGGAAGUCCCAAAGGGCCUGCCGGCACAGGGAAGACAGAAACGGUUAAAGAUCUGGGUAAAGCUUUAGGCAUGUGGGUUAUUGUUACCAACUGCUCGGAGGGUUUGGAUUUCAAGAGUAUAGGCAAAAUAUUUUCCGGUUUGGCUCAAACGGGUUCCUGGGGUUGUUUUGAUGAAUUUAAUCGCAUUAAUAUAGAGGUGCUAUCAGUGGUGGCCCAACAAAUCCUUUCGCUUAUAUCUGCCUUAACUGCCAAACAAACUGAGUUCCUGUUCGAAGGUCAAAUUAUAAAACUGGUGCCCACAGUGGGUUUGUUUAUUACCAUGAAUCCGGGCUAUGCGGGCCGUACUGAGCUGCCCGAUAAUUUGAAAUCCAUGUUCCGUCCCAUCUCCAUGAUGGUGCCCGACAAUGUCAUCAUAGCAGAAAAUACUUUAUAUUCAGAUGGUUUUACCAAUACCAGGAGUUUAGCGCGCAAAGUUUUUACAUUGUAUGAAUUGGCCAAACAGCAACUGUCCAAACAAUAUCACUAUGAUUUUGGUUUGCGUUCCAUGGUGGCUUUGUUAAGAUAUGCAGGACGCAAGAGAAGACAACUGCCGGAGGCUUCUGAAGAGGAAGUAGUUUACUUGGCCAUGCGUGACAUGAAUGUGGCACGUUUGACCGCCAAUGAUUUGCCGCUGUUUAAUGGCAUAAUGUCCGACAUAUUUCCCGGAGUUGAUGUUCCCCUAAUUGAUUACAGUGAUUUCAAAGAUGCCAUAGAGGAUGAACUUAAAGCCAAUGGUUUACAAUUAAUACCCAUAGCCAUUAAAAAGGUCAUAGAGCUGUAUGAAACCAAAAAUUCUAGACACUCCUCCAUGAUAAUAGGAGAUACAAACACUGCCAAAUCGGUAACUUGGAAGUGCUUACAAGGUGCUUUCAUUAGAAUGAAUACAAAUAGAAAACCUGGCUGGCCAGCUGUUGUAGUUUACCCGGUCAAUCCCAAAGCUUUAAAUUUGGCCGAACUAUAUGGAGAAUAUAAUUUGGCCACUGGGGAAUGGCUGGAUGGUGUGCUCAGUUCUAUAAUGCGUGUGAUUUGUGCCGAUGAAGAUCCCACACAAAAAUGGCUGCUAUUCGAUGGUCCCGUAGAUGCGGUAUGGAUAGAGAAUAUGAAUUCUGUAAUGGACGACAACAAGCUUUUGACUUUGGUAAAUAGUGAACGUAUUACCAUGCCCGCCCAGGUUUCACUACUCUUCGAAGUGGCUGAUCUGGCUGUGGCCUCGCCAGCUACAGUUUCUCGUUGCGGCAUGGUUUAUAAUGAUUAUCAUGACUGGGGCUGGCGUCCCUAUGUCAAGUCUUGGUUGGCCAAACAAAAGCCGGCGGAAUAUGUCAAACUUAUUACAGAAUAUUUCGAAGAGUUUCUCGACAAAAUAUUAAACUUCAAGCAUUAUCAAUGUAAAGAGAUUGUGGAAACCAAUGAGUUGAAUACAGUGAUAUCAAUGUGUAAUUUAUUGGAGGGUUUUGCCACCAAACAGAAUGGUAUUGUUACAGGCAAUGAAGAAUUAUUGGAGAUUAUGUCCAAACUAUGGUUUAUGUUCUGUUUGGUGUGGUCGGUUUGUGCCACUGUGGAUGAGGAGGGUCGUAGUAAAAUUGAUGCUUUUAUACGUGAACUGGAUGGUAGUUUUCCGAUUAAAGAUACUGUGUAUGAUUACUAUGUUGAUCCUAAUCAGAAAUCUUUUCUGCCAUGGAAUAAUAAACUGUCGGACACGUGGAAAUAUAAUGAAGAAGCACCGUUUUACAAAAUUAUUGUGCCCACAGUAGACACUGUUAGAUAUGAAUAUUUGGUUUCAAAACUCUUGCAAGACAGUCGCCCAGUACUUUUAGUGGGUAAUGUUGGAACUGGCAAAACCUCUACAGCUAUCAGUGUUAUGGAGUCCUGUGAUAAAACUAAAUUUACAGUAUUCUCGAUAAAUAUAUCGGCUCAGACCACUGCUGCUGGCUUACAAGAAUCUAUAGAAAAUCGCACUGAAAAAAGAACUAAAACUCACUAUGUCCCCAUUGGUGGCAAGAAAAUGAUCUGCUUUAUGGACGAUUUCAAUAUGCCGGCCAAAGAUGUUUAUGGUUCUCAGCCGCCGCUGGAAUUGAUUAGACAAUGGAUCGAUUAUAAAUAUUGGUUUAAUCGUAGAAAUCAACAGAAAAUUUAUGUACUCAAUACUUUGCUUAUGGCGGCUAUGGGUCCUCCUGGGGGUGGAAGACAAAUAAUAUCAUCACGCACCAUGAGUAGAUUUUUCCUACUCAAUAUGACGUUUCCCAGCGAGGAGAUUAUAAGAAGAAUUUUUGGCACCAUGAUUAGACAGAAAUUACAAACAUUUGCAAAUGAAGUGCGUGAACUAUGGGAGCCCAUUACUGAGGCCUCCAUACACAUGUACCGGGAUGUGGUGGAAAAAAUGCUGCCCACUCCUAAUAAAUCGCAUUAUUUGUUCAAUCUCAGAGAUAUUUCAAAGGUGUUUCAGGGACUGCUGCGCAGUAAUUCAGAGUUGCAGGUUAAGAAGUUUCAAUUCUUAAGACUUUGGGUUCAUGAGUGUUUUAGGGUGUACUCAGAUCGUUUGGUGGAUGAUAAUGAUCAAUCUUGGUUUCAAAAUAAAUUUAAUGAAGUUUUGGGCAAAUAUAUGGAAAUAACUUUACAUAGUUUAUGUCCUAAUAAAUCGGUGCCUAUAUUCGGGGAAUUCAUGAGUGCCCAGGGUUAUUAUGAAGAUUUGUCUUAUGAUAAAUUAAGAACUUAUAUUAACAAUCAAAUGACUGAAUACAAUAACUCGGGUAUGGCCCGCAUGCAGUUGGUGUUCUUCAAAGAUGCCAUUGAACAUGUGGCCAGAAUCGUGAGAGUAAUAUCGCAACCCCGUGGUCACAUUUUAAAUAUAGGCAUAGGAGGUUCUGGGCGCCAGGUUUUGGUAAAGCUGGCUGCUUUUAUAUUGGAAAUGGGUGUGUUUCAGAUAGAAGUAACCAAGAAGUACAAGACCCAAGAAUUUAGGGAGGAUUUAAAGAAUUUAUAUAAAUUAACGGGCGUUAAACAAAGAGCCACAGUUUUCAUAUUCAGUGGAGAGCAAGUGGUGGAGGAUACAUUUUUGGAAAUCAUCAAUAAUAUGUUAAGUACCGCGGAAAUUAAUCUGUUUAAGUCGGAUGAAUUUGAGGAGCUGAAAAAUGAACUAGAGAGGCCGGCCAAAAAGGCCAAUGUGCAAUUAACCACGGAAGCUAUGUACAACUUUUUUAUGCAAAAUGUUAGAGAUAAUAUGCACAUUGCUUUAGCCAUGAGUCCUAUAGGAGACUCAUUCAGAUCCUUUAUAAGACAGUAUCCGGCUCUUAUAAAUAACACUACCCCCAAUUGGUUUAGGUUAUGGUCUCAGGAGGCCCUAUUGGAAGUGGCCUCUACAUUUUUGACUGGUUUUAAAAUACAUGUGCCAGCUCCUGGCAAAGAAUCUGAAAAACAUAGAGACAGUUUAGUAGUGACUACUGAAAGUACUUUACAACGAGAAGUGGCAUAUAGCUGCUCUGUUAUACAUUCCAAUGUUACAGAAAUAUCAGGCCUAAUGUUAAGAGAAGUUAAAAGGCAAAACUAUGUAACCUCUCUAAACUAUUUGCAACUGGUGAGUGGUUUCAAGGAACUGCUGGAACAAAAGAGAUUUGAAAUAUCCUCUAGUGCCAACAAAUUAAGAAAUGGUUUAUCCAAGAUAGCAGAAACACAGGAGAAAGUAAGUGGCAUGUCUGAGGAACUUAAAGUCAGCUCGGCCCAAGUGAAAGUUUUAGCUGUAGAAUGUGAAGAAUUCAUAGCUAUAAUUGAGACUCAAAAGGCAGAAGCCACAGAACAAAAAGAAAAGGUAGACUUUGAGGCUGUCAUAAUAAGAAAAGAAGAGGUGAUUUGUCUGGAAUUGGCAGCCACUGCGAAAGCUGACUUAGAUGUUGUCUUACCCAUGAUAGAUGCUGCUGUUAAGGCUUUAGAUGCUUUAAACAAAAAGGAUGUAGCCGAGGUUAAAUCAUAUGCCAAACCUCCCAUGAAAAUUGAAAAGGUUAUGGAAGCUGUAUUGAUACUGUUGGGUAAGGAACCCACUUGGGAGAAUGCCAAAAAGGUAUUGGGCGAAGCUACAUUCCUCAAUGAUCUGAAAAAUUUCGAUAGAGAUAAUGUAUCCGAUAAGACUUUUAAGAAAAUUGCUGUAUAUACCAAAAAUCCCGAAUUGGAGCCCGAAAAGGUGGCCGUAGUAUCAGUGGCCUGUAAAUCCUUGAUGCAAUGGAUUAUGGCUAUUGAGAAUUAUGGCAAAGUGUAUCGUAUAGUGGCUCCCAAACAGGAAAAAUUAGACAAUGCCAUGCGUUCUUUGGCGGAAAAACAGGCCUUAUUGGCGGCAGCUAGAGCUAAACUGGAAGAGUUAAAUGCCAGGCUGGCUGAACUCUAUCGCCAACUCAAUGAAAAAACAGAGCUUUUAAAUGAACUAAGAGCCAAAGAAGAGAAAUUGCGUAAGCAGCUGGAGAGAGCUAUAAUAUUAGUGGAAUCUUUGGCGGGAGAAAGAGAACGUUGGAUCGAUACAGUGGCCAAUUUAGAUGGCCAAUUUGAGAAGCUACCGGGAAAUUGUUUGAUAUCCACAGCCUUUGUCUCUUACUUGGGACCAUUUGAUACCAAGUAUCGUGAAAUUCUAUUAGAUAAAUGGCUGAACUUAAUAAAAGACAGACAAAUACCAGCCACAGAAGAACUUAAAAUCACCGCAUUUCUAUUGGAUGCUGUAACAGUUAGAGAGUGGAAUAUACAGGGUCUGCCGGCUGAUGAUUUCAGUACAGAAAAUGGCAUGAUUGUUACCCAGGGUAGUCGUUGGCCUUUGAUUAUUGAUCCCCAAAUGCAAGCAAAUACUUGGAUUAAAAACUUUGAGGAAACUAAUGAUUUGAAAGUAAUAGAUUUUGGGCAAUUGGAUUAUUUGAAAACUUUGGAGUUGUCGCUGCAAAAUGGCAAUCCGGUGUUGUUGCAAAAUGUAGGAGAACACCUUGAUCAAGCUAUUAAUCCUAUAUUGAAAAAGAGCUUUGUUAUACAAAGUGGCCAAAGGUUAAUCAAGUUCAAUGAUAAAUUCCUAAGCUACCAUAGCAAUUUCCGUUUGUAUAUAACCACCAAAAUAGCCAAUCCUCACUAUCCACCCGAAAUAUCUUCCAAGACAACUAUAGUUAAUUUCGCUUUAAAACAAGAUGGUUUACAGGCCCAACUACUGGGCAUAGUGGUGCGCAAGGAAAAGCCUGCCUUGGAAGAGCAAAAAGAUGAGCUGGUUAUGACAAUUGCGCGCAACAAAAGAACCCUUAUCGAUUUGGAUAAUGAGAUUUUGAGGUUGUUAAAUGAAAGUAAAGGUUCCAUUUUGGAGGAUGAUGAAUUGUUUGCCACUUUACAAAAGUCUCGCCAAACCUCGGCCUUAGUUAAGGAGUCGCUUAGUACGGCUGAAGUGACCGAAAUUGAAAUCGAUACAGCUCGCCAGGAGUAUCAACCAGCUGCAGAACGUGCUUCUAUUUUAUUCUUUGUUUUAAUGGACAUGUCCAAAAUUGAUCCCAUGUAUGUUUUCUCGCUAGCCGCUUAUAUAUUGCUAUUUACUCAAUCCAUCGAAAAAAGUCCCAGACAUUUAAAUGUCAGAGAGCGUAUUGUCAAUAUCAAUGACUUUCAUACUUAUUCGGUUUAUAAGAAUACUUGCCGCGGCUUGUUUGAGAAACACAAGCUUUUAUUUUCCAUACACAUGUCUGCUCAGAUAUUGGGAAAUGCUGGCAAAUUGGUGGAGGCGGAGUAUGAGUUUAUUUUGAAAGGUGGUAUAGUGCUGGAUAAACUGGGACAGCCACCAAAUCCUGCUGCACAUUGGAUUAGUGAGCAGUCCUGGGACAAUAUCACGGAAUUAGAUAAAGUGGCGGGAUUUCAUGGCAUUAUUGACUCGUUUGAACAAAAUUCUAAGGCCUGGCAAAUUUGGUAUGCCACCACAACGCCUGAAGUGGAAGAUCUUGUGGGAGAAUGGAAUGACAAAUUAACAGAUUUUCAAAAGAUUUGUGUUGUCAGAUGUCUAAGAGCCGACCGCAUACAAUUUUGUCUCACCCAAUUCAUUGUGAACUCAUUGGGAACUCGCUUUAUAGAGCCUCCAGUUUUAGACCUCAAAGUAGCCUUCGAAGAGUCUUUGCCACAAACUCCUUUAAUAUUUGUUUUAUCACCGGGAGUUGAUCCUACACAAUCGCUUCUGACUUUGGCCGAACAAGUAAAAAUGUCCUCACAUAUAUUUUCUCUGAGUUUGGGUCAGGGUCAGGCGCCGGUGGCCACAAAAAUGAUAAUGGAUGGAGUAAGAGAGGGCAAUUGGGUAUUUCUAGCCAAUUGCCAUUUAUCGCUCAGUUGGAUGCCCACACUAGAUAAAAUUAUAGCCACCAUACAAACCAUGAAAAUACACAAACGUUUUCGUUUAUGGCUUAGCUCCAGUCCUCAUCCGGAUUUUCCCAUUUCUAUAUUACAAAUCAGCAUAAAAAUGACCACGGAACCUCCUAGAGGCAUAAAAGCCAAUAUGAAACGUUUGUAUAGUAAUGUGAAUGAGGCCAAUUUUGAUUUGGCCAAUGAUCCGGGAAAAUAUAAAAAACUAUUGUUCUCAUUGUGUUUCUUUCACACUAUAUUACUGGAGCGUAAGAAGUUUUUGCAAUUGGGCUGGAAUGUUAUUUAUAGUUUCAAUAACUCUGACUUUGAGAUUUCGGAGAUCUUGUUGCUGUUGUACCUAAACGAGUAUGAGGAAACACCUUGGGAUGCCUUGAAAUAUCUAAUAGCUGGAGUUAAUUAUGGAGGUCAUGUUACAGACGAUUGGGAUCGUAGAUUGCUAACCACUUAUAUCAAUCAAUAUUUUUGCAAUGAAGCUUUAAAUAUCUCCAAAUUUAGACUAUCUUCCUUGGCUAAUUAUUUUAUACCUUACGAUGGUGAUCUACAGUCCUAUAAUGAUCAUAUACAACAAUUUCCCAAUUUUGAUAAACCUGAAGCCUUUGGCCAGCAUUCUAAUGCCGAUAUUGCUUCUUUAAUAGGGGAAACUCGCAUGCUCUUUGGCACUCUUAUAUCUAUGCAGGUUCAAACCUCAACCACGGAAGGUGAAAGCAAAGAAUCCAAAGUUUUACGUCUGGCUCAAGAUAUAGCUCAGAGUACUCCCAAAGAAUUGAAUUAUGAGCAAACUGCCAAAUUGGUGGGUUUAAAUCGCAACCCUUUAGAAGUGGUUUUACUGCAGGAAAUGGAGCGCUAUAAUGUUUUGUUGAGAAAUAUGAAAGUACAUUUAAGAGAUCUGCAAAAGGGCAUAAAAGGGCUGGUUGUAAUGAGCUCAGAUUUAGAAGAGAUUUAUGUAGCUGUUUAUGAAGGUCGUGUGCCCGCCUUGUGGUUGAAAUCUUAUCAAUCCGAAAAACCCCUGGCCUCCUGGUCUCGUGAUUUGAUCUUUAGAAUUGAACAUUUUUCCAACUGGGCUAAAACUCUUAAACCUCCCACUUUGUUUUGGCUAGCCGCCUACACCUUUCCCACCGGCUUUUUAACUGCUGUGCUGCAAACAUCGGCUAGGGCCACCCGCACCCCAAUUGAUGAAUUGAGUUGGGAAUUUUUUGUUUUCGUGGAAGAAGAUGCCGCCGCUGCUCGCAUUAUACGUGAGGGUGGCGGUGUUUAUGUGCGUGGCCUGUUUCUGGAAGGUGCCGGUUGGUGGCGUAAAGGCCAAUCUCUUACCGAACCACUUCCUAUGGAAUUGGUUUCCUCUAUGCCUGUCAUACACUUUAAGCCGGUGGAGCAGCUGAAGAAGAAGACGAAAGGAAUUUAUUCAUGUCCAGCCUAUUAUUAUCCCCAAAGAUCGGGUUCAUUUGUAAUUGCUGUGGACUUGAAAGCUGGCAGUGAGAAGGCGGAUCAUUGGAUAAAGCGGGGAACUGCUUUGUUGUUGAGUUUGAGUAAUUAA